AUGCCCAAGGUUGUCCCUCACAUCAAGGAAUACUUGCAGGCCCAGGAGCCGCAAGCUCCUCGCAUGAAGGAUGCACCCGUCUUUUACCGCAAUCUGGAGGAGGCUCUCGACACGCGCCGAGUAGACCAGAACCUCAUUGUCUUCCGUGACUUCAAAGAGGGUGUGGACUUUUCAUCCAACGACUUCCUGUCUCUGGCAACCACUGGCCAACUCCGAACGGAAUUCUUUGAGGAACUUGAACGCCACCCCAACUUCCGUCUUGGAGCUACAAGCUCUCGGCUUCUUGACGGAAAUAGCAGUUACAUGGAGACCAUCGAGAAGGAGAUCGCCGAGUUCCACAACGCCGAAGAUGCCAUCAUCGUCAACUCUGGCUAUGAAGCGAACGGCGCCAUUUACACUGCCAUUCCUCGUCCAGGCGACGCGAUAGUCUAUGAUGAGCUUGUACACGCCAGUACGCACGAUGGCAUGAAGAACUCUGUGGCUCUAACCAGGGUGUCUUUCCGCCACAAUGAUGUUGACUCCCUGGAGGAGACCCUGGCCUAUAUCCGCGACACCCAACCCCUCAUUCAAAAAGGCGAGAGGUCUGUCAUCAUCUCUGUAGAGUCAAUCUAUAGCAUGGAUGGAGAUGUCUGCCCUCUGAAGGAGUUUGUGGAUGUUGCCAAGGAAGUCUUCCCCCUAGGCAACGCUCAGUUUGUCGUCGACGAGGCCCAUGGCACUGGCGUUGUUGGAAAACAGGGAGGUGGCCUUGUUCAAGAGCUUGGCCUCGAAAAAGAGAUUGCAAUUCGAAUGCACACCUUUGGAAAGGCCCUGGCUUCCAAUGGAGCUGUCAUUCUUUCAAACUCAACAGUCAAGACCAUGCUCAUCAACUUUGCGCGUGGGAUUAUCUACACGACUGCCCCUAGCUUCCUUGUGCUGGCUGGUAUUCGCGCUGGUUACAACCUGCUCAAGGCAGAUAUGACUGUGAAGGCUCAAGAACGGGUCCAGUACCUUGUCAAGCUCUUCUUCAAGACCAUUCAGGCGCAUCCUGCCUACGAGAGGGCUGCGGAGACUGGAAUUCUCCGUGUCCCACUUGCCGAUGGGUAUGAGACCAGGCCUUUUGUUACCCAGGUGGUGCCUGUCUGGACUCGUCCCCAUCAGAAUCUCUUCCUGGUCUUCCAUCUUCAGAUGGCCAAGUACUGCGCGUACCCCAUUGACUUCCCUGUCGUUCCCAAGGGCGCGCCGCGUGUCCGUUGUGUGUUCCACAACCACAACACCGACGCUGAGGUCGAAGGUCUGGCCCACACCCUGUACGAGUGGGCCCAGGAGAUGCUUGACAUUGAGGAUGGAAAGGUUUCCUCCAAGAUCCCGGUAGCAGCUCGCCAGGCCUUUACCUGGACUGCGGAAGGAGAGACCAAUGGGAAUGGCGUGAAGGCAUAG